AUGAAUCUUAUUGCUCAAUCAAGUGAAGAGCAUCCAUCUCCUCCAAGCACACCAAGUGACGAUCAAGACUAUAUCAUUCAAGAGAAUAGUGGUGAAGAAGAACCUUGUCCCAUCGGUCCACCCACUCUAUUUCAAUACAUUGAUCAAAGAGCACAGGAGUUGUUAAGGGAACUAAGGGAGGAGUGUCCUAAACUAAAAAUGGGUGAUGAACCAAGGCCAUUGAAGGACUACACCAUUCCUACUUUCACAAAUCAUCCAAGUUGCAUUGUCUUGCCACCAUGUGUUCAUGCCUUUUCUAUUAUGCCAAGUACCUUGCAACUUCUACCGGCUUUUGAUGGUGGCUUCACCGGUGAUCCAUUUAGGCACAUCAAGCUAUUCAAUGAAGUUUGCUCAACGGUCCAACUCAAUGGUAUUGAUGAAGACAACCUUAGGCUAAGGCUUUUUCCUUUCUCAUUGAAGGAUAAGGCCAAAGAUUGGUUGUACAAGAUUCCGGCGGCAAGUAUCAAUUCAUGGGAUAACAUGAAAGCCGCAUUCCUCAAGAAGUACUUUCCACCAUCAAAGAGCAAUGCAUUAAGGAACUUACUCAUGACUUUCCAAGAGUUUCCAUCUGAAUUGUUUCACGAGUCUUGGGAGAGAUUCAAAGACAUGGAGCAAAAUUGCCCUAAUCAUGGUGUCAAGAAAUGGUUGUUAUUGAGCACUUUCUACAAUGGGUCAAGCCAAGAUACCAAGAGACGAAUUGACAAUGCUUGUCAAGGGAGCUUCAUGGAGAAGAAUGAGAUCGAAGCGGAAAGUGUUCUUGACUCAUUAGCCGAGUCAUCCCAACUCUAUGAUAAUCAAAGUGAUAGAAGACCGGUGAAAGAAGCCAAUGUCAUUUUGAAGGAUCAACACAGAAGAGGAGGUAUGUAUGAGAUGGAUUCACCAAAUACUCAAAUGCAAAUUGAGUUGAAGAGGAUUGAGGCCAACAUGAAUAAGAAGCUAGACUUGAUUCUUAAUACUCAAGGAAACCGAGAGCAACUCCAACCUAUGUCGAGCAAGAUGGUUGAGCAAGUGUGCUUAAUUUGUGAGAAUGAUCAACAUGAGACAAUGCUUUGUCCAAGAGGAGGUGCACUUCAAGUUGAUAUGGAGCAAUGCAACCAAGUUGGUUUCCAACCAAGGCCAAGAAAUGAUCCAUAUAGUAACACCUACAAUCCCGGAUGGAGAAACCACCCCAACUUUGGGUGGGGAGGCAACCAAAACCGAGAUCAAGGGUUUGGCAAUCGUGAGCAAGGCCAAGGUUUUCAAAGAUCUAGUGGUGGCUAUCAAGGUGCAAGCUCCUCCAACUACAACAAUCAAGGAGCCAACAAUCAAUUCCAAAGGGCACCUUAUCAACCUCCACCUCAACCACAACCUAUAGUACCACCUCAAGAGUCAUUGAAGAAGCCUAGUGUUGAAGACAUGUUGAUGAAUUUCUUUGUGGAGAACAAGGGUACUCAAGCAAAACAAGAUGAGAAGAUUAAUGUCCUUCACCAAAGCAUGAGCAAGCUUGAGAUACAAAUGGGACAACUAGCCCAAGAGUUAAGCCAAAGGAAGCAAGGUGUGUUUCCAAGCCAAGUGGAGAACAACCCAAGGCAUGAAGCCAAAGCCAUUACUACUUUAAGAAGUGGGAGGCAAGUUGAGAACAAUGUGUACAUGCCUAAAAAUGAGGAAGUUGUAACUCCAAGGGAGCCACCUGGUUUUGAAAAGAGAGAAAAGGGCAAGGCAAGAGAAUUGUCACAUGGAGAAGUCAUCUUGGGGUUUAAUGAUGGUGAAGAAGAAGCUUUGAAUGACAAGAUGAAUGCCUUUGACAAGCCUUUGGGUUUGAGAGUAGCCUUAGAAGAAGAAGUGCAAGAGGAAGCCUUGAAGAACGAAUUUAAUGUCAAGGUCGGAACUCAUGACAAAGAAGGCUCUACAUCUACUCCAACAGAAAGGCCAUUCAAAAGAGGUAUCACCUUCAAUCCUCCUAUGAAGAUAGUUCAAGAGAAAGAAAUUUCCCUUCCUUAUCCUCAAUUUCAAAGGAAAGAGGUAUUGAAGCAAAAGAAUGAGAAGGUGAAGAAAGAGUUCCUUGAUUUAUUUAGGAAGGUGGAGAUUAACAUCCCUCUUUUGGAUGCAAUCAAAACCAUUCCUACAUAUGCCAAGUUUCUCAAGGAGCUAUGUACCCACAAGAGGAAGUUUGAGAAGGAUGAGAAAGUGUGUCUAAGUGAAGAAGUUAGUGCGGUUUUGCAAAGGAAGCUUCCACCAAAGUUGAAAGAUCCGGGUUCAUUCACCGUUCCAUGCAAGAUAGGUAAAACUUUCUUUGAUAAAGCUUUGAUGGAUUUGGGUGCUAGUAUCAACUUAAUGCCUUAUAGUAUCUAUGAGUCUCUUGGAAUUGGUGAAAUCCGGCCCAUUGCUAUCUCUUUGCAAAUGGCGGAUAGGAGUGUUGUUUACCCAAGAGGGGUUGUGGAAAAUGUUCUUGUGAAGGUACAAGACUUGAUCCUACCGGCCGAUUUCAUCAUUCUAGACAUGGAAGAGGCUCCUCUCCAUGAGAAGGAGUUGCCUAUCAUCCUUGGGAGAGCAUUUAUGGCAACCGCCGGUACUAAGAUUGAUGUCAAGGAGGGGUUGAUGACCAUGACCGUUCAUGAUACUACCAUUGCUUUUAGAAUCUUUGAUGCAAUGAGUAAGCCAUCAAAUGCCUAUGAUUGUUUCCGGAUUGACGUUUUGGAUGGUAUUGACAAGAUGGUGGAGAAAACUUUCAUUGAAAAUGCAUCUCAAGAUCCAUUGGAGACAUGUUUGCAUCAUAAUGGCAUAGAGUUCAUUGAGGAGGCAACCAGAGAAGCCGAGCUUACACUUGAAGCCUUAAGGCCUUGCACUCCACAUUUGCAACCAAAGGUUGAGGUACCUCUUGCUAACUCUACUCCUUUACUUCCAUCAAUUAAAUAUCCUCCUACUCUUGACAUGAAACCACUUCCUUCUCAUUUAAAGUAUGCUUUUAUUGGUGAAAACCACAAGUUGCCCGUAAUUAUCUCUUCAUGUUUGAGUGCUUUGCAAGAACAAAAGCUACUUAGAAUGUUGGAUGAACACAAGGAGGCCAUUGGUUGGACUAUUGCUGAUAUCAAAGGCAUAAGUCCAAGUAUGUGCAUGCAUAAGAUCCUCCUUGAAGAUGAUAUGAAGCCUAGGAGGGAUCCACAAAGGAGGCUCAAUCCUCCAAUGCAAGAAGUAGUGAGGAAGGAAGUAAUGAAGCUACUUGAUGUUGGUGUCAUCUACCCCAUUUCCGAUUCAAAGUGGGUGUCACCGGUUCAAGUGGUUCCUAAGAAGAGUGGCAUAACGGUUGUGGCCAAUGAUAAAGGAGAGCUUGUCCCUCAAAGAGUGGCAAAUGGGUGGAGAGUGUGCAUAGACUACCGAAAGCUCAAUAAUGCCACAAGAAAUGAUCACUUUCCAUUGCCAUUCAUUGAUCAAAUGCUAGAAAGACUUGCCGGCCAUGAGUAUUAUUGCUUUCUUGAUGGGUAUAGUGGCUACAAUCAAAUCCCCAUUGCUCCAGAAGACCAAGACAAGACUACCUUCACUUGUCCAUAUGGUACAUUUGCCUAUAGAAGAAUGCCAUUCGGUUUGUGCAAUGCACCGGCAACUUUUCAAAGGUGCAUGAUUUCCAUUUUUAGUGAUAUGGUGGAGAGAUUCAUUGAAGUGUUCAUGGAUGACUUUAGUGUCUUUGGGGAUUCAUUUGAUCAAUGCCUACACCAUUUGGCACUUGUGCUUCAAAGAUGUGAAGAUUGCAACUUAGUCUUGAAUUGGGAGAAGUGCCACUUCAUGGUGAAUGAGGGGAUUGUUCUUGGGCAUGUGGUGAGUGCAAGAGGAAUGGAAGUUGACAAGGCCAAGGUGGAGCUCAUUUCUAAGUUACCACCUCCACAUAAUGUCAAAGCAAUUAGAAGUUUUCUUGGACAUGCCGGUUUCUAUAGAAGGUACAUGAAGGAUUUCUCCAAGAUCUCUAAGCCUCUUUGUGAUUUGCUAGCCAAAGAAGCUCCUUUUGUGUUUGAUGAACAUUGUUUGAAAGCAUUUGAGACAAUCAAGGUGAUGCUCACUCAAGCUCCUAUCAUGAUUGCACCGGAUUGGUCUCUUCCUUUUGAGUUAAUGUGUGAUGCUUCGGAUUAUGCUAUGGGAGCGGUUUUGGCUCAAAAGAAGGAAAAGGUACUUCGUGCUAUUUACUAUGCUAGUCGUACCUUGAAUGAUGCACAAAUUAACUACACCACAACAGAGAAAGAACUUCUUGCAAUUAUCUUUGCUCUUGAGAAGUUUAGAAGCUAUUUGCUUGGUACCAAAGUUGUUGUGCACACGGAUCAUAGUGCCUUGAAGUAUCUUUUGUCAAAAAAAGAGGCUAAGCCAAGAUUGAUAAGAUGGAUUUUGUUGUUGCAAGAGUUUGAUAUUGAGAUCAAAGACAAACCGGGAAAAGAAAACCAAGUGGCGGAUCAUUUGUCAAGAUUGGUUGAAGGAGGUGAUGACUCCUCCAUUCCUUUGAAGGACACUUUUCCGGAUGAGCAAUUGUUCAAUAUCAAUGUCAAAAAGCUCCCAUGGUUUGCUAGUUUGGUGAACUACCAUGCAAGUGAAGGGAAGUACAUUCCAAGUGAGCUUGAUUAUCAAGGAAGGAAGCGAUUCCUCAAGGAAGCACGCCAUUAUUUGUGGGAUGACCCAUAUUUGUUCAAGUUUGGCAAGGAUCAAAUGUUGAGAAGAUGCAUAGCUCAAGAGGAGGUUCCUAGUAUCCUUUCUCAUUGCCAUACACUUGCUUGUGGAGGUCAUUUUGGAGGGAAGAAGACGGCAUUCAAGGUACUAAGUUGCGGUUUUUAUUGGCCUACUCUUUUCAAAGAUGCACAUGCCUAUGUUAGUGCUUGUGAUUGAUGCCAAAG